AGCCCCGCGCGGCGGUACAAGGUCAGCAAAGCACACAGGACGUAGUAUCAAUAGGACAUUGCGUUCGUGAUGGACGAACCUUGUUACCGCAUCAGGCAGCAAGGAACUCAGUCCUUAAAAUUUCGAAUCCAUCGGUCGACGCUGUGGCUCUACCCCCAGCUUGCAUUUGCCAAGCAUCAGAUGUGCAAUGUGUUCUGCGUAUGGAUGUUCCAGAGUCCGCUCCACCGCCGUUGAAAGGUCCACCUAUGGCGGCUUCUGCAACAGUUGGUUCUAUUGGAAGACAACUGCAUGCUCGACCGAAUCAGCGUCACGGCUGAGACCCGACCAUUUCCGCCCGCAUUGUUCUCGAAAAAAAAAAUCUAGGAAACAGGACACGACGGGGGAAAAGGAAAGGGAACGGGAAGCUCCGCAGGGUAGUGUGUGUUUGUAUAUAGUCAUGCCACUCCCUGUUUUGGCAUCCCGUGCUCCUUCCUCCUCACCCCGACUCAAAACCUCACCAUACGCAUCACACACUCUCUGGCCUCUUGAGUUGCUCACCAUUGGCUCCUCCAUGUCGGCAGAUUCGCGUCCAUCUGUUUUAUCUAGUCCAUCGGUAUAGAGCAACAACAGCAAAAAACAUCCACUAAGAUUCUGUUUGCGCCCGUAUGGGUUUGACUGAACGACUCCAUCAAUUGAUACCAUUGCCAUUGCAACUUCACUCGUAUACGAACGACCUG